AUGUCAUGGUUGCAGGUUCUGAAGUCCAGAUUUCCCGCUAGCCAAGCAGCGCAGGAACUCCGCUGGAUCCAGCAGGAACUUCCCAAGUCCCAGUGGCAGACAGCCGUUGAACAGAGAGCCAGAUUGGUGCCGUUACAAUAUAUCCUGGGUUCCCAGCCGUUUGGCGAUCUGACAAUAAAGUGCAAGCCGGGAGUCCUGAUUCCGCGGAACGACACCGAGGAGUGGUGUGAGGCGCUGAAGCAGGUGAUAGCGAAGAGCAAUGGGCCGAAAAGUUAUAGCGUUGGAUAUCAGCAAACAGGCACUUGCUCUCAGCCAGGAAAAUCUCCAGCUAAAUUCUGCAAAAAUCAAGGCCAAGGUCGAGUUCCAGUACGGCGAUUUACUGAAGCACCAGCUCCCGCAAACGAGCGCGACCCUGCUUCUUUCCAAUCCUCCAUACAUUCCUCGAGAACACUUCAGCCCAGCCGGAGGAGUGGAAGAGUCUGUCCUCAAAUAUGA